CGAAGACAUUUUGCAUGCAUACAAGGUGUUUUGGUGACAAGUGACAAGAGUCUGAGAUGGGUUGUGGGAGUUUUUUCAAAGCAAUAAUUGGUUCCAAGAAAGGGAAACAAACAAGCAGAAAGAGUGAGAAGGGGUUUAUAAAACCAAAAGCCUCCAAGAAGAAUGUCACACGUUCUGCAUCACUAGUUUUUCUUAGCGAGGAUCGAGCUGCAACUCGAAUCCAGACUACUUUUAAAGCAUAUAAGGCUAGGAAGAUGUUACGGCGACUAAAAGGAAUAGCAAGAGCAAAGCUGUUAACUGAAAAACAACCAGUGAAGAAGCAAGCAGCAGUUACAUUGAAGUAUCUUCACUCAUGGAGUAAUAUACAGUCUCAGAUUAAGGCUCGCAGGGUUGGCAUGGUCAUGGAAGGCCGACUGAUUUUUAAAAGAUUAGAGAAUCAGCAGAAGCUUGAGGCCAAGCUUCAUGAUAUUGAGGUUGAAUGGAACGGUGGGACAGAGACCAAAGAUGAAAUCUUAGAACGGAUACAUCAAAGAGAAGAAGCUAUGAUCAAACGAGAAAGAGCUUUGGCUUAUGCUUUCUCUCUCUCAUCAGGUAUAUAUAAAAACAUUUUUUCUUUUCCUUGUUUGCUGACUUGCUAUGGUGAAGAAGUAACACUGAGCUGUGAACAGUGGAAAGCUGAUGGUAAGACUCAGUGGCUAGGGGGUUAUGAGCUGGGAAAUACUAACUGGGGAUGGAGCUGGAAAGAACGUUGGAUUGCUGCUCGACCUUGGGAAGUAAGAUACUUGACUCCUAAGAAACCGAAGAACUUAAAGACGGUUUGCUGCAAGAGUGAGACUAAACCAAAUUCACCGGCAAAGAGAGGAGUGUCACUAUCAUCAGUUUCAGCAAAAGCUCCGAUUCCUGGAGCUGUGAACCCACGGAGAUUGUCAUUUCCGGGAGCUUGAACAUGAAGUUAAUGUCUGUCUAUGAUUAAGAGUAUACACACGUACCUUAUGGUUACAAGAGGAAUGAGACUUUUACUUGAAGGGUUGUAUAUGUUGGAGAUAAACUUGAAAGAUAGCUUGAAGUACAAGCUAACCUAAUCACACAAAGAUAUGGAUUACUAAAGUGAUUAGGAAAUAUGAUUUGUGUUAUUCCUAAUGAGAAUAGGAAUUGUUAUGUCCUAUAUAAGUGAUUACCAUUGA